GCCCGCCCCGAGCCCCGCGCCGCCCCCCCCCGCCCCAUGCGCGCCCCGCCAUGACGAUCCUCCCGAAGAAGAAGCCGGUACCGGCGCCCGACGGCGAUGGCGAUUCCGGCCCGGACGCGGGGCCCGAGCGCGGAGCGGACGCGGGGCCCGAGCGAGGCCCCGGAGGCGUCGGCGAACCCGGCGGCCCCGGCGUGGGGGGGCCGCGGCCUCGCGCCUCGCCGCCGCCGCCGCUGCGGGGCUGGGCCGGGCUGCCCGGAGCCGCCGGGUCCCCCCCGCCCGCCGGGCCCGGCGGCCCCGGUAACGGCGGGCCCGGCUCCGCCGACGGCCCCGCGGCGCUGCUGGGGCUGGAGGCGGCGGCGCUGGGGCUGCCCGAGCCCCGCGGGCCCGGCUGCGGCGGCGGCGGCGGCGGCGGCCCCGGGCACAGCAAGCGGCGGCGGCGCGGCGCCGGGCCCAGCGGGGGCCCCGCGGGGUCGGGCCCCGGCGGGAUCGGGCUGGGGAUGGGGCUGGGCCCCGCCUGCGGCAGCCCCGGGCCCGACGAGGCGGGAGGAGGCUACAACAGCGAGGAUGAGUACGAGGCCGGCAGGGUGGAGAUGGACCCGGCCACGGCCGAGCAGCAGGAGCACCGGUUCGAGAAGGCUCUGCGGGAGAAGAAAGGCUUCAUCAUCAAGCGCAUGAAGGAGGACGGGGCCUGUCUGUUCCGGGCCGUGGCUGAUCAGGUGUACGGAGACCAGGACAUGCACGAGGUGGUGAGGAAGCACUGCAUGGACUACCUGAUGAAGAACGCCGAUUACUUCUCCAACUACGUCACGGAGGAUUUCACCACCUACAUCAACCGCAAGCGCAAGAGCACGUGCCACGGGAACCACAUCGAGAUGCAGGCCAUGGCCGAGAUGUACAACCGGCCCGUCGAGGUCUACCAGUACGGCACUGAGCCCAUCAACACGUUCCACGGGAUCCAGCACAACGAGGACGAGCCCAUCCGGGUCAGCUACCACCGCAACAUCCACUACAACUCCGUGGUGAACCCCAACAAGGCGACCAUCGGCGUGGGGCUGGGGCUGCCCUCCUUCAAACCGGGGCUGGCGGAGCAGUCCCUGAUGAAGAGCGCCAUCAAGACGUCGGAGGAGUCGUGGAUCGAGCAGCAGAUGCUGGAGGACAAGAAGCGCGCCACUGACUGGGAGGCCACCAACGAGGCCAUCGAGGAGCAGGUGGCCCGCGAGUCCUACCUGCAGUGGCUGCGCGACCAGGAGAAGCAGGCGCGGCAGCCCCGCAAGGCCAGCGCCACGUGCAGCUCGGCCACGGCGGCCGCGGCCAGUGGCCUGGAGGAGUGGAGUGGCCGCUCGCCGCGGCCCCGCAGCGCCGCCCCCUCCCCGGAGCACCCCGGGCUGCACCCCGAGACCCCCGGCCCCAAACCGCCCUCGCCCGGAGCCCCCCCCGCCGGAAAGCCCCCCCUCGCCCUGCGCCCCAGCCCGGUCUCCCCAGGGACCAGCAGCCAGCUGGGGGGCGCGGGCCGGGCCACGCCGCCGCUGGUGUCGCUGUACCCCGCGCUCGAGUGCCGCGCCAUCAUGCAGCAGAUGUCCCCGACCGCCUUCGGCCUGAACGACUGGGAGGACGACGAGAUCCUGGCGUCGGUGCUGGCGGUGUCGCAGCAGGAGUACCUGGAGACCAUGAAAACCUCGCGCCACAGAGACCCCGCCGCCGACAAGAGUUGAUAUUGAACCCCCGGACUGCGACCCCCCCAAAGCCCCCCACCCCCUGCAGGGACCCUCCCCCCCACCCCAAACAAACAAACCAACAAACAAACCACG